CGGGCUCGCGCGGCGGUCCCGCCCCCGCCCUCCGCCGGCUCGGCCCGGCCCGGCCCGCCCGGGCUCCAUCUUGCGCGAGCGCGGGUCGGGCUGUGACGCUGCUCCCGGGUCAGAAUGUCAUAUCCAGGCUAUCCCCCCACAGGCUACCCACCUUUCCCUGGAUAUCCUCCUGCAGGUCAGGAGUCCUCUUUCCCCCCUCCGGGUCAGUAUCCUUAUCCUAGUGGCUUUCCUCCAAUGGGAGGAGGUGCCUACCCACCAGCUCCAAGUGGUGGCUACCCUGUGGCUGGAGGCUACCCAGCACCUGGAGGUUAUCCAGCCCCAGGAGGCUAUCCUGGUGCCCCACAACCAGGCGGGGCACCAUCCUAUCCUGGAGGCCAAGGAUUUGGAGCCCCACCUGGUGGAGCAAGCUUUUCUGGCUAUCCACAGCCACCUUCACAGACCUAUGGUGGUAGCCCAGCACAGGUCCCAUUACCUGGUGGCUUUCCUGGAGGACAGAUGCCUUCUCAGUAUCCUGGAGGACAAGCUCCUUACCCUGCUCAGAUCAGUACAGAAUCCUUUCCUUCCUAUCCUGUUUUCUCUCCUGUUUCUUUGGAUUAUAGCAGUGAACCUGCUGCAGUGACUCAGGGCACUCAAGGUACAAUCCGACCAGCUGCCAACUUUGAUGCUAUGAGAGAUGCAGAAGUUCUCCGUAAAGCAAUGAAGGGAUUUGGGACAGAUGAACAAGCAAUUGUGGAUGUUGUUGCCAACCGCUCCAAUGAUCAGAGGCAAAAAAUUAAAGCAGCUUUUAAGACCAUGUACGGCAAGGAUUUAAUCAAAGAUCUGAAGUCAGAGUUGAGUGGAAAUAUGGAAGAACUAAUCCUUGCCCUCUUCAUGCCUCCUACAUAUUAUGAUGCCUGGAGUUUACGGAAUGCAAUGCAGGGAGCAGGAACUCAGGAACGAGUAUUGAUUGAGAUUUUGUGCACAAGAACAAAUCAAGAAAUCCAAGAAAUUGUCAGAUGUUAUCAGUCAGAAUUUGGACGAGACCUUGAAAAGGACAUUAGGUCAGAUACAUCAGGGCAUUUUGAACGUUUACUUGUGUCCAUGUGCCAGGGAAAUCGUGAGGAAAAUCAGAGUGUAAACCACCAGAUGGCUCAGGAAGAUGCUCAGCGUCUCUAUCAAGCUGGUGAGGGUAGACUGGGAACAGAUGAAUCUUGCUUUAACAUGAUCCUUGCCACCAGAAGCUUUCCUCAGCUGAGAGCUACCAUGGAGGCUUAUUCCAGGGUGGCUAAUCGAGAUUUGUUAACCAGCGUGGGCCGUGAGUUUUCUGGAUAUAUUGAAAGUGGUUUGAAGACCAUCUUGCAGUGUGCCCUGAACCGCUCUGCCUUCUUUGCUGAGCGGCUCUAUUAUUCCAUGAAAGGUGCUGGAACAGAUGAUUCCACUCUAGUCAGGAUUGUGGUCACUCGAAGUGAGAUUGACCUUGUACAAGUAAAGCAGAUGUUCACUCAGAUGUAUCAGAAGACCUUGGCCACAAUGAUUGCAAGUGACACAAGUGGAGAUUAUCAGAAGCUUCUUUUGGCUAUUGUGGGCCAGUAGGAGGGAUUUUUUUAAAGUGAAUAAAGCUAUUCAUAGAUUAUCCUUCAAAGCAGUGAUUGACCUGCAUGCAGCAAUAUCAACCAUAACCCUGCAAAACAGUUUUUUUUACUAAGGACUGUAUGUCAGGGUAAUGUGCUUAGGUUGCACAUGUUAUUACUGCCUUAAUUCUAAUGUUAUUUUUCUUCUGUGAACAAGCAAUCAAUGUAAAAGCCAUAUCAUGACAAGGUAGUAAUUUUGCAAUGUUUGUAAAGCUUCAUCUUCACUGCUUUUAUUCUAAUCAGGAUCUCAAAUUGAAUAAAAUUCACACUAAUCUAAUUCUGUGUAAUAUUUAAUUUUAAAAAG